AUGAGCGUGACGAAUCGGGUGGCGCCCGAUUCCCAUGGCAACGUCGACGAGCAGAUUUCGCAGCUCAUGCAGUGCAAGCCCCUCUCCGAGUCAGAGGUUCAUUCGCUUCUCCCAUGUUUCUCCCUUUUGUUUUUCACUUCUCCGUGAGCUAGGGGGUUUGCCUCAAUUUGAUUGCCACCAUAGCUAUUUUUUUUCCUCGAUUUCUGGGUGGACGAAAUUUCAGAAUACGCAGAUCGGGUUAUUAAUGAGGCGUAUUAUCGCUUGUUCGGGCUUUCUUUUCCGUGGAAUUGAGGGUCUCGUUAUCGUUGUUCGUCCUCGAGCCGUGAUCUGUGAGUGCGAAUUGGGGACAUCCAAUCGUUGCUAGGGUUUCUUCUGCAAAGGGUCUUGGAUUCUUUACGGCGAUAUCACCUUUCGCCUCUCGACGUGACUAUUGAUGUCCACGAUCUAUCUUAGUUAUUCAUAAAGUAGUGUGUUUUCUCGAAAUUUGCGGGAUGGGAUGCACAUUUUUUUCAGUGGACGCAUUGUGUUUACGUAUUGCUGCCUUUUUGCUUUGUUGUGAAAUAUACUUGUCGAAUUGUGACAUUUUGUCGGAGAGAAACGAACACAUUUUUUUACAUCUGGAAUCAGCACGUUCUAUUUUUCGUCACUUUGUCAUUGGCCAUCUACGGAGUGUCUUGAGAAAGAUAGUGACAGAUAAAACUUGACUAGUUGAAAUUAAUACCCCGAUUGCGUUAUACUCUACUUUAGGAAAUUCCUUUUUACGGGGUAAAGGUUUUUUUAACGUUUCUUAAGAAAAUUCAAGUUUUUGAUGGCACAUAUGUGGUGGAAUGUGUAAAAUUUCAAAAAAGGUGUAGCUUUGUUAGAUUUUAUUGAUUUUUCGUUUGGCAUGACUAUGUAGUCCUCUAUGUCAUAAUCUAUCUGUUGUACUUCACAGAGCAUGUUUUUAUUCUGUGUUUUUAUGAUCAGGUUCGAGCCUUGUGCGACAAGGCUAAAGAGAUAUUGAUGCAAGAAAGCAACGUUCAGGUUGGUUACAUUUUUUACCUUUGUUACUUUCUGGGAUGUUUGUUCGUCAUAAUUUUUUUUGGUUUCACUCAUAGGGAUAUAGGGUUCGCAGAAAUUUAUAAAUAAAGGUUCAAGAAUCCGUUGAACAUUAAUAAAUCAUUGUCAUUCUAGGUGUCGUUACAGUCGAUUUAUGAGUAGUUAAAUGUUGACGACCCCUUGAUUGUUUUUUACUGUAAUGUUUCCUCUUGUACUAUUAACAAUUGGUUUUUUUACAUUGAUUAUGAUUUUCUAUAUCUGGUUUGGGUGUUCAUUGGCAUGGUUUUGUGAUUCUUAUGGUUUAAUAGUACAUUCUAACGGGGUUUUCGCCAAAGAAUUUAUGCAGCCUUUCUUUCUUCAAUUCACGAUAUGACUGGCCACUUGGACUUUUCUUAUGGCUAUCUGUUUCCAGCAACUAAUUUCAUUGUACCCUAUGGACUACAUUUAGUUCGUUUGCAUAGCCUUCCUGUUUCAUGUUGCCACUUCUAAAUUUUUCUGAUCUUAUAAACACCCUUUUUAUUUCAAAGAAUUGUAGCUGCUGUACCAAAGUGAGAUUAGAACAAUAAUAGUCGUAGAAAAUUGUUUUUCUUAUAAUUUUGAUGUGGACCAUAGUGCUACUCCUUUUAUGGUAUGAACGCUCAUUAAUUCCUUCAGCAAAUGCUGUCACCCUAUAUAUGUAAUUUAUCAGUGCCCAGUAUAGGUAAACUAUUUGACUAGGAAACCUCGUGAAUCCAGUCAGUUUACGCUAACUUAAAAUGGAUAUGUUUUUUAUUAUUUAACAUUUUUUUUUGGGUAGAUAUACUUAUUUAAAAAUAUAUAUUCGUGUGCACAGUAGAUCCUUAUUUUUCUUGGGCGGUCAUUAGGUUUAUUGGUAGGUUUGCAUGUUCUUCAGAGCGCAUGAACGUACUAUUUAUUCCUUACAAUAUGUAUUGAGAUAUUUGCGCAAUUGCAUGAACCAUCUUUAUAUGAGGAUCUGCAUAUAGGGAUAUUUAUGUGCAUUUUACUAACCAUUUGAUUUUGUUUCACUACCACGUGUCUAAUCUCAAUAUUUAAAACCCUGAUGUCAAUGGUAGGAUAGCUAGACCUGCUCGUAUAAUGGAUAACCGGGAAAUUGUGGAAAUGGUAUAUCUUUUCCUCUUCAGGUAUCGAAUUCGCAGUAGUUUUAUAAGUUAUUUUUUUCAAAGAUGAUCAAAGUGCUGUUGUAAGUUGUAAAACUGUCUGUUAAUGAGCAAGAAGAGGCAAAAAAAUAUGUGUUUUGAGAUAACUAGGCAUCUGGUGCGGGAAAAAGCAUGGCGCUGACAUCAGAGUGGAUUCCUAUUCGCUUCUUCUGCUGGAAUACAUGCGGUACCAACAGUAAUGAUCUAGUGAAGAGCAAUAUUUGAUGUUUCUAUUGCCUUUAUUUUGCUUUUUUUGUCUGUGGUCAGGGAAUCUCAGCGUUUUAUUUUCAUUCAUUAUUAUGUGCAAGUUUUCUGCGAACAUGGCAAUGAUUCCCUAUUCUCAUGAUGCAGCCUGUGAAGAGCCCCGUGACAAUAUGCGGUGACAUUCAUGGUCAAUUUCAUGACCUUGCAGAACUAUUCCGAAUUGGUGGCAAGGUAUCCUCUAAUAUAUGCACUUUUUAAUUGCUUUGUUCUCAGUCAGAUCAACGCUUCCUUCGUAACUGUACUAUUGAAUGGAUAAUUUUAAGCUGAGAAAAUGCCCUUUGAUGUCGAAUGCCGAAGUAUUAGCAGACCAGAUAUAAAUAACCCAUCCUUUUUAUGAUGUGUUAACUAUUUUAUGAGUUACAUAGAAGAAUCUGAUUUUUUGUUUGAUCUCAUUUUCAUCUUCACAGUAUUCGUAGACUGGCGAACUUUUCAUCUGAAAUGAUGUUACUUUAAUCUUUUGCAGUUUUGUUGUAGAUUUAACUUUUAUGCUCUCUGCAAUCUUGACGAAACAAUUGAAAAAAUAAAUGACGUGCCAUGGUAGAUUUUCAUGUCAUUUCUAUACUGAGGUUGGUUAACAAACAAGUUAUGAAAGGCUAGAAUCUGGUUGAUUUUUCUGUGCUCCAUCCUCGUUCAACUCAAGCUCCCUAUGGCCCGAAUCUGACAAAUCUGAUAAAAAUUUUGCAAGUGAAUCCCUAUUCAACUUUCGAGAUUCUGACCAAUCCAAUUUCCUCUAAUUAUUUACUUUCUUAUUUAGCAACAAAUUAUCCUAACAUUCUUUACUGGAGUUUGAAAUUGAAUUAUGAUUAAAACGUGUCUAAUCAGAGUCAAAUAUAUCUGGUUUCUGAAACCUGCUAAAGAAAACUGGUGUUUUAAAUGCUAAUAAGUGAGCCAGCGUCUAACAUAUAUGGUAUGUGUUUCCGUUUGUUAUGUAUCAUUCUGUAGAAUACUGAGAUGAUGAUUAUUGGCUUUACAUACCCGUUAUUGCACUUCCUUGUUUUAUUUCUCUUUUACUUUGGUUUGAAUUAUAAGCACUCUUGUUUUCAUGGAUAUAUUUUGAAUCAUGGGUGUUUUAUUCUUCUGACUGCUAGUGUCCAGAUACGAAUUACUUGUUCAUGGGAGAUUAUGUAGAUCGUGGAUACUAUUCUGUUGAAACUGUUACGGUAAGGGUUGGAACACUUCUUCCUUAGUGUGUUUCAUUUGUGCUUCAUACUUUUUUUGGAUGUUAUGCUUCAUAUUUUUUUAUGACGUAAUGUGUUUUUUUAAAGAUCAGUGGAUCUGAUCUUUGUUGAUGUGUAUCAUUCGUAUAUGAACUUUUAUAUUCUUCUUUGUAUCCUGAAAUAUUAAAAUUAUAAUUGAAAAUACUUUUCUGUUACGUUUAUUUUUCUGAAGGUAUAUCUUACUUUUCUUAUAAAAUCUUUAUGAAUUUUCAGUACGCAUUGAUAAAUCAUAGUAUUCUGGAGUAAUUCAGUUGAUUUUUCACGAAACCAUCCAAAAGCAAUUCAGUUUUAUCUUUGUGGCAAUUAAAAAUAGUAUGCGCCCAGAGGAAUAUUAAAACAUUAGCCACAUGGUUGAGGAGAGGGCUGUAGGACACGCUGUUACUGGGGUCUAGAGGAAAAUAGACCCCCAAGAUCAGGGUUUUCUGUAGAGGGCAGUGAUUAGGAAUAUGUGGAUUAGUACCCUGGAGACUAAUUGAAAACGAGAAGAUAAACUAAGAUAGUUGGGAAGGAGACACUCGAGUUGUAAAUUGUGUAGGAUAUGAUGGAUCAGGACGACUGUGGGAACUGUCGUUGCCUGAUGUACAGGUGAAUUUGUAGAAAUUGAAGUCUGUGCAUGUAAUGAUGCUUAGGAAGGAGGGGAGCUCAAAAGGUGGACAAGGUGCAGACAAGACAGCAGAAAGGGCUGGAGAAGUUGAAGCCUACGGCUGGGAAUUUUGAAUGUGCUGAGGACGUUUGCGAUUCUGAAAGGUCUUUGACCAGAAAUUCCGCACUAGUUACUAAUGCGGAAAGAAGGGCUAAUGUUGUCUGUUUAUGACGGGGAGAUAUUUACAGCACUCGCAAAUAUGGAGGGAAAACGAAUAACUGCUGAGAAUGGCGGACUAACAUGAGCUAGACAACCAAAAUGGAUCAUACAAAGCUCAGGAAUGGAGUGAGCUGAAGAGCAAAAUACCUCUGAACAUGUUUUAUACAUGGGAUACAGAAUGCUUCCAUUGUUCUGGUCUGUGGCUGUUCUUUAUUUCUUCAGUUUCCCUGUAUUUGAAGCUUAUAAAACGACGAUUUCUUACAUAUUAUGGUCUUAAUUGUAUUUAUUUUUUGUAUAAGAAUUCACCUAUUGAUUAUACCCGAUGCUCCUUUCUGUUCAGCUUCUUGUUGCCCUAAAGGUGCGUUAUCCUCAGCGAAUUACAAUUCUUAGGGGAAAUCAUGAAAGUCGUCAGGUAACUGCCGUUCUAUGAUAUCUACAGCCUGUGUUUUAUUGGCAUCAAUGAUAUUACUGUUGGCAGUAAAUAAUUGCUUUAUUUGUUUUCUAUGUGAGAUUUAUUUAUUCGAGAACCCUUGAUCAAUGCUGAUUAAGCACGCAACUUUUUCCAGUCUAAUUGACUCAAUGUUCUUUGUUGUCUGCAGAUUACCCAAGUCUAUGGGUUUUACGACGAAUGCUUACGGAAGUAAGUAUUGUGUUCAUGUUUUCAUUUAGCCAAUCACUUAUUAAUUUUAUUUUUGGUUGCCCUCCCAAUGAUCUUCCGCCUCUUUUAGCUUCUUGGGCCUGUUUGUACUAUAAGUCUCUUUGUCAAUGAACUCUAGUUAUUGCAUUGAUGCCACGUGGAUAUUAACCAUGCAAAAGCAAUCAAAAUGAAGCUCCAAUUUGAUUUCGCUUGUUUUUGUUUUGGACUAUUUAUGAAUCAUUAUUUUUGUGGGAACUGAGGCAAUGUUCCCCUGCCCCGUUGUAUAACUGACAAGGUGAGAUUCCUACGUGACGUUUAGUUUUAGGGGGUGACAUAUCUAAAUAGGUUAUAUCUUUGAUGAUGAGGAAAGAAACCGAUUCUUUGAUGUCCCUCCAAAGAUACUUGCGGCUUGUCUGCAUGGUAAUGUAUCGACAGUUAUUAUGAUUUUUAUGAUGUGUGAUCAAGCUGUGAAAUGUUUUCCCAGUUGAUUUCAAACAUAGAUACUUGCGAAAAUGUUGUUGCAAUUAAAAAUACGAUACGGCAAGCAUUAGAACCUAUUAAAAUUACUGACUUACUCGUGAGUACGGAUGCCUCUCAAUUUUUAUACCAAAGUAGAGCUUGAAAUUGUUUUUGGUGUUUCCAUGUGAUCACGACUUAUAUAACUAAUGACAAUAGAUCAGAAUGGCCACAUUUUAAGAAUGCUAUUCAGUCACGGGUGAACCAAUGUACCGCUGCAGCUGGUUGUAUUGGGCAUUCAUGCAGCACCACCUGCUGAUGUGUUGCAUGCUGAUGUCAUAUAAGACCUCAUGCCUUCCAAAGUGGAAAGUGGAAGAAAGAAGAAGAGAUUGAUGCAGACAGGUUAAAAGAUCCGGACGAAAAAUAAGACUCGAUUCUAUUGAAUAAGUUCAGUUUGCUCGGAUUAUUAUAUCCGAGAAGGUGGAAGUACAAGUCCCGGGGCAGUUUCUCAAGUUCAAGGUUCUACAUUCUUAUGAAUGUUUACACAUUGUCGUGAAGGAUGUAACAUGGUGACUUCUCUCUUGUGAUUAGUCGACGACCUUUGUAGGCCUUAUUCAAACUCCUGGGUUUUUUUUUGGGGAGGAUGACUCAUUCAAACUUUGUAUUUCUCAGUGGAAGUUGCUGGGUUUGUAUCUUUUUCUUCAUCAGGCAUUAUCUUUCUACCCUUUCAGCUGAUUGAUAACAUAUGAUGAUCUCUCUCGUUUAUUCUACUGAGCCAAAUAUUUUAGUCUUGUAUCACCAGUUUUGAGGGUCUGUCAACAAUUAUGUCAAAAGUGAUUAUAUUUCAGUUUGCUGGAAUGUGCUGAAGUGACUGUUCUACCUUAGAUGUUGUUUCUUAAUGUUUCCAUCCAAUUAAGGUUUGUCGCCAUUUGUUGAAUUAGAUGCGGGAGCUCGACAUCUAUCUUAUUCUGUGUUUCAAUGACCUCAUUUUAAAUUCUCAUUUACAGGUAUGGAAAUGCCAGCGUGUGGAAGACAUUUACUGAUCUAUUUGAUUACUUUCCCCUGACAGCAUUGGUUAGUUCACCAACUCAACUAGCACAGUUUUCCAUACCAUGCUUUCCAAAUGUUUUGUUCUACUCUUACAACUUGAGAGCCUCCAUCAUCAGUCUGAAAAUCACUUGCACGAGAAGUAAAUUGGCUAAACCCUUCGUGAGAUUCCAAGUGAUUUAGAAAACCCAGGGAUAAAAAUAUUAGUUGUUGGGUUGUGAUAUUUGUUUAUUUUAAGAUAUUCAGUACAUAAUAAGAUUUAAUAACUAGUGUGAUUAUUAUUGACCGACCCUCUCAGCCGAUGGCUGUCGCCUGCUGGAUAUCUGAUAAGCAGAUGCAGCGUUUCUUUGAUUUGUUCUAAACGAUGAUUGUUCUUCUCUGCACAAAGGUUGAAUCAGAGAUAUUCUGUCUGCACGGCGGCUUAUCUCCGUCAAUUGAAACCCUAGACAACAUAAGAAGCUUUGAUCGGGUCCAAGAGGUCCCUCACGAGGGACCCAUGUGUGAUUUAUUAUGGUCAGAUCCUGAUGAUCGCUGUGGUUGGGGCAUAUCACCGCGUGGCGCCGGAUAUACAUUUGGCCAAGUAAAGCUCCUCCUCUCCUUGGUUUCAGCAAGCCCACUACUGAUCUUCUUCUUCCUUUUUUUAAAAAUUUUUAUUUAUUUAUUUAUUGACUUGUUUAAUUAAAUUGCAGGACAUUUCGGAGCAGUUUAACCAUACAAAUAAUCUGAACCUGAUUGCCAGGGCGCAUCAAUUGGUCAUGGAUGGAUACAACUGGGGGCAUGUAAUUCUUCUCUCCUGGCUAUGAGUCGGCCAUUAUUGCAGUCUGGAAUGGGUUCGGUGGAUUUAUAACAUGUUCAUGCCGCAGGAACAAAAGGUGGUAACCAUCUUCAGUGCUCCAAAUUACUGUUACCGCUGUGGGAACAUGGCAUCCAUCUUGGAAGUUGACGACUCCAAAGGCCACACCUUCAUCCAGGUCUCCUCUCUCUCUCUCUCUCUCUCUCUCUCUCUCUCUCUCUCUCUCUCUCUCUGUAUAUAUAUAUAUAUAAAUAUAUAUCUCACGCAAUGGGCUUCUUUGCAGUUUGAGCCGGCCCCAAGAAGAGGGGAGCCCGACGUCACCCGGCGAACGCCUGAUUACUUCCUAUGA